AUGUUCACAGAUGACGGAGGUAUUUACUUGGUUGCGAUCGUGGGAUGCUACCAAAAAGCUGCGGAUGAUGUCUUUAUCUGCGUCACUGAGGCCAGAGAGGUAGAUGCUUUGCAUGAAUGUGUUGCUAAACGCCGUGCCUUGUUCCUGGGUAGCGUGUUGAAUAGGACUACAGCGAUGCCACCAUAUGCGGAGUGUAUCCUGGUCAGAUCGCUGAAAAUUGACGAGGAAAUUAAGAGUGAUAGAACCGUUGUACUUGGUGGACAUGUGGCGGGACAUGUCUUUGAGGUAAAACAGCAUCGCCCAUGGAUCUUCGACGAGUUCGAUGGCGGACAUGGAGUCGAUGAUUUCAUCGUUGAGAGAUCGAAGGAGGAGAAGACGAGCUUAUUGUGGGGUAUUAGCGGUGACAUCGAGCAUGUGGCGACGUACAUGUUAGUACGAGAGGACACUUUCGAGGUCCUCGCUGAAGUCCAUGGUAGCUGCCACGGAGAGGUGGGUGAGCCAUUUGUCGUAGUUGGAAUCGUCGGGUUUGAGCCAGGCCCACUUGAUUCUGGAAGUGGAGCUUUCGCUUGA